AUGCCUCCAAAAGUCGACCCUAAUGAAAUCAAGACAGUGGUGUUGAGAACAACAGGAGGUGAAAUUGCUGGUGGUUCAGCACUUGCACCAAAGAUUGGUCCAUUGGGUCUGUCACCAAAGAAAGUCGGUGAAGAUAUCGCCAAGGCCACCAUGGACUACAAAGGUCUCCGAAUCACCGUAAAACUCAUCAUCCAAAACCGUCAAGCCGCUAUUGAAGUGGUACCCAGUGCCAGUUCCUUGAUCAUCAAGGCGUUGAAGGAACCUCCAAGAGAUAAGAAGAAGGAAAAGAACAUCAAACACAGCGGCAACUUGGCCUUUUCUGAAGUUUUGGAAAUUGCCAGGAAGAUGAGGAACAAGUCCAUGGCCAAGGAAAUGAGGGGCACUGUUAGAGAAAUUCUAGGAACAUGCUUCUCUGUUGGAUGCACAGUAGACGGACAGAGUCCUCAAGAUGUCAGUGAAAAAGUUCAAUCAGGCGAAAUUGAUGUACCUGCCAAAUAA